AUGAGAACUACUCGCAUAGCUCAAACUAAGCAACAAGGAAAUUAAAAUAAAUUGACUUCGAUUAAAAACACACUUAAGUUUCAAUUUGAUGAAGAAAAUGACAAGAAUAUUGAUCGUACUACAAGUCCCUCUGUAACAAUAAAGGAUUUGUGUUAAGAAGACAAGGCAAAAAUAGGAGAUCUAAUAAAAAGAUUAGCAUAAGAAUAAGAAGAAAAUAAAAAGCUAUAAGAGUAAAUAAGAAAAAAGGAAGAGGAAUGCAAAAAGUAAGUAAGCAAAUAUAAAUAACUUUCUGAAUCAGCUAAAAAGGAAUAAAAAUAGACUGAAGAGAAAUUCAAGGAAUCUCUUGAAGUUAUAAAGAAGUUAUAAUAACAGGAAUAAUUAAUUCAAGAAUAGAUGCUACUUACAAGAGUGAAUAAAUUUGACUCAUUCACUUAAUAUGAGAUUGAAAACAAAGAAAAUAAUUCUAAAGUCUCUUAAAAUCCAAUAACACCUUCAAUACUUCCUCAAAAAUAAUAAAAGAGUGAGAUUUUACAAUUAAAAGCAGAAAUUGAAGAAUUUACUAACAGUUUGAAACAGUUAUAGUUUGAAUCAAACAGUUAAGAAAGAUAGGAGAUUUCUCCUUUAAGAAAAGUAAUUAAACCUGAAACCAAAUAAGACAAAUAAAGAGUGAUUCCAAGACAUUAUACCCCUGUAAAUGUACCUAAACAUGAUCAAAAAAAGCAUAUUGAAGUAUAAACAAUGGAUUUAGGAAAUCACAAAAAUCCACAUCAAAAUUCAGCAGAUAAAUAAAUUUAAACAGAAACUGACAGUUUUGCAAUUAAUUCACAUACAUCCAACUUUUUUAAAAAAGAAGAAUAGAUUUAACCAUAAGAAAUAAUAAAAACUCCAUAAAAUUAGUAAACCAUUAGAUUCUGUGAAGAAUUUAAGGCUCUUGAGAACAAAUUAAAAUAAAAUUAUAAUCAAUAUUAUAAUUUUAAUAAAGAUCCAUCUGUCUAAUCUGAUAGUUUUCAAUAAAAUCAAAAUUAUCAAGAUGAAUCAUCAGAUGAAGAAUUUAAUAUAGCUUAAGAAUUACUAAAACGUAAAAAUCUUAGAAUAUCAUAAUAAUAUUAAAAGAGAUCAUCUGUAGGAUCUCAAAGAGACCAAUAGAUUUCUGAUGUUAGUUUACAGAAAUAAUAAUAAUUUCAUCAAAAUAAUAGUCAUUAUUAAUAAUAAAUUUAAUAUCCUUAUUAUUAAUCAUCUUAAUAAUAAUAAAAUUAUUCAGCAUAACAGUAAAAUUUGAUUUAAUCCAAUUAUUUCAAAACUAAUACUCUAAGUUUCAAUUUAACUAAUUAAGAAUAUACACCUUAACAAUCAGUUUAAAAAUCUGCUGAAUAAUUUGGAUCAAGUGUUAUGUAGACUCCUCAAUAAAGAGAAAUGCUUUCACAAUAGUUAUAAUUUUCUUAAAAAGAGGAAGAAAUUGAUUCGGUUAUUACUAGUUUAAAUGGGAGAUCCUUUAAUAAACCUAAUGUAUUUCAAUAAGAGUAAUAUCCAAUGAUUGAAUAAUAACAAGAAUCAUAUUCUUCAGAGUCUUCAAUUCCAAGAGAAGAAUAUCAAAAACUCAUUGAUAGAUACAUGAAAGAUAAUUAGGAUUCUGAUGAUGAUUGA